AUUAUCGGCGUGUCUUUGUUGGACUUUCUUGUGUUACUGAGAAAAUAAAAGGAAGGAAGAACAUCACAUCUCUAUACAUAUGCACACGAUCAUUUGGGUUUUCGUUGGUUAGAAACCAGAGGAACAUAAAACUUUGAAAUUUCUGUUUUUUUGAACCAUUUUUCUCGGCUUCCGGAAGGCAGUUUGCAAAUUCGAUAAUAAUUGGUUUUUACAAUCAUGGGAAAACUUCUAUGAAGUCUCCCAGCUCUGGGGAGAUCUGAAUGUUAAAUGACUCUUAAAGGUGCAUCAUGGCGAAAAAAGGAAAUGCAGCAGAAAGUAAAACUAGGAGCUCUAUUUCCAUCUUUGUUGUAUUGGGUCUGUGUUGUUUCUUCUAUAUUUUGGGUGCAUGGCAACGAAGUGGUUUUGGGAAGGGAGACAGCAUAGCCAUUGAAGUCACCAAACAAACGGACUGCAGUAUCCUCUCCAAUUUGAAUUUUGAGACUCAUCAUAAAGAUGAAGCAGGGACAAUUGGCGACCAGUUCAAGCCAUGUGAUGCUCAGUACAUUGAUUACACACCAUGCCAAGAUCAAGACAGAGCAAUGACGUUCCCCCGAGAAGAUAUGAACUAUAGAGAAAGACAUUGUCCUCCAGAGGGAGAGAAACUUCAUUGCCUUAUCCCUGCACCCAAAGGAUACGCUACACCAUUCCCAUGGCCAAAGAGCCGUGAUUAUGUACCCUUUGCAAAUGCACCAUAUAAGAACUUGACUGUUGAGAAGGCUGUUCAGAACUGGAUUCAAUAUGAGGGCAACGUGUUUAGGUUCCCAGGUGGUGGAACACAGUUUCCUCGUGGAGCAGAUGCAUAUAUUGAUGAACUUGCUUCUGUGAUACCAUUUGAAAAUGGGAUGGUUAGAACAGCAUUGGACACUGGUUGUGGGGUUGCAAGUUGGGGUGCAUACUUGUUUAAAAAGAAUGUUAUAGCCAUGUCAUUUGCACCAAGAGACUCACAUGUAGCUCAAGUUCAAUUUGCUUUGGAGAGAGGUGUGCCAGCAGUUAUUGGUGUUCUUGGAACUAUAAAGCUACCAUAUCCAUCUGGAGCCUUCGACAUGGCUCACUGUUCUCGUUGCUUGAUUCCAUGGGGUGCAAAUGAUGGAAUGUACAUGAUGGAAGUUGAUCGAGUUCUUAGACCAGGUGGUUACUGGGUUCUUUCUGGCCCUCCCAUCAGCUGGAAUAUUAAUUACCGAGCAUGGCAGCGCCCUAAAGAGGAUCUCCAGGAGGAACAGAGCAAGAUUGAAGAGAUUGCCAAACUUCUUUGCUGGGAAAAGAAGUAUGAGAAGGGUGAAAUAGCUAUCUGGAGGAAAAGAAUAAAUCAUGAUAGUUGCAGUGAGCAAGAUUCACACGUUACCUUUUGUGAAGCUACAAAUGCAAACGAUGUCUGGUACAAGCAGAUGGAGGCCUGCGUAACUCCUUAUCCUAAGACUACAGAAGCAGAUGAAGUUGCUGGUGGUGUAUGGAAGCCAUUUCCUGAGAGACUGAAUGCCGUUCCCUUCAGGAUAUCCAGUGGAUCCAUCCCUGGAGUCUCUGAUGACACUUUCCAGGAGGAUGACAAAUUGUGGAAGAAGCAUGUCAAAGCUUAUAAAAGAACCAAUAAGAUCAUUGACUCAGGAAGGUAUCGCAACAUCAUGGAUAUGAAUGCUGGUCUGGGCAGUUUUGCUGCAGCACUUGAAUCACCCAAAUUGUGGGUGAUGAAUGUUAUGCCUACAAUAGCUGAAAAAGACACUCUGGGUGUCAUUUAUGAACGAGGAUUGAUCGGCAUAUACCAUGAUUGGUGUGAAGCUUUCUCAACUUACCCAAGGACAUAUGACCUAAUUCAUGCAAAUGGUGUUUUCAGCUUGUACAAGAACAGUUGUAGUGCGGAAGACAUUCUUCUGGAGAUGGAUCGCAUCCUACGGCCUGAAGGAGCAGUCAUAUUCCGUGAUCAAAUAGACGUGCUCAUCAAGGUGAAAAAGAUCGUAGGAGGAAUGAGGUGGAACACUAAAUUAGUGGAUCAUGAAGAUGGCCCCCUUGUCUCUGAAAAGAUAUUGUUUGCUGUCAAACAGUACUGGGUUGUUGGUGAAAACAACUCCACAGCAGCUCCACAGUGAAUUCAAAAGAGGGAGCUUUCAGUGUGAUUUUAUCAGGCAAUGUUGCUACCUCUGAUUCAAGUCCAUCAAUUUCAUUUAUCUCACUCAUGGGUAUCUGGCCGAGUAACAAACAUAGGGGAUAUGAUUCUUACAUUAUCACAUGUUGAUUAAUUCAUUGAUUGCCCCAUGUUCUACCAUUGCCAUUGUUGAUGGUACUAGUUCGCAAGGUUCUAUGGUUUUAGAUGGCCUUCUAUUUUUAUGUUUGUUUGAGGUUCUAGAGAUGAUGUUUAUGUUGUUUUAGGCUUGGGCUAAAUUAUUUCUCUAGUUUUGCAUGUGGUAUGCCCUGCCAUGAUCAGUAUGCUGAUUUCUAAACCUUUUGGAAUGUCUCUUUCCCUUUUCAAUGCUUAUAUAUCAAUUUUGCAAUA